UUAUUUAUACGUCGUCAUCUUUUCCUCCUCCUCCUCCACAGCACUCCCACUCUCCCUAUUUUUGCUUGCCAUUUCCCACAUCUCCACCUAUGUAUACAACUGUGCCUCUUCUCCUCUUUUCUUCCCAUCUCUUUCUCUCUACACUGAUGGCUAAUAGUAUGAAGGGCUCCAUCUUCUAGACCUCCUCCUCUCGAAAGAGCACCAUUUGAGGAGAAAGAGAGAAGAAAACCUCUCAAUCUAACUCCAAUGGGUGUCACCUAUGACUAUGCUUCAUCUAACCUCCUGUGUGCCGAGGAUAAUUCCAGCAUUCUGGAAUUUGAUGAUGGGGAAGAGGAUGGAUUCGAUGGAGAAGCCGAGGGCCAUAAGCAUGGCUGGAUUCCAGAACAAAGGAGUGAUUUUUAUGGGGACUUCUUAAAGAGUUUUCCCCUACAAUCAGAGGAAUGCAUUGCUUUGCUGGUUGAGAAGGAAUUAGAACACAUGCCGAGAAAGGAUUAUGCCAAGAGGUUGCAAAAUGGGGACUUGGACAUUUCAGUCAGGAGAGAUGCCAUUGAUUGGAUUGGAAAGGUUCAUGUCCAUUACAAGUUCGGACCUUUGAGUGCCUAUUUGUCUGUAAAUUACAUGGAUCGAUUCCUUUCAGCUUAUAAACUCCCAGAAGGUAAGGCUUGGAUGACACAGUUGCUCACUGUGGCCUGCUUAUCUCUUGCUGCCAAGAUUGAGGAAACUGAAGUUCCUCUAUCACUAGAUUUACAGGUUGGCGAGGCAAAAUAUGUAUUUGAAGCCAAGACAAUACAAAGAAUGGAGCUUUUAGUUCUAAGCACCCUCAAGUGGAGGAUGCAAGCUGUGACGCCUUUCUCAUUCAUAGAUUACUUUCUUCAAAAGUUUAAUGACGGCAAUUCCCCAACAAAUUCAGUAGUUUCCCGGUCUGUGGAACUUAUAUUGAGUUCAGUUAGAGGAACAGGAUUUCUAGGGUUUAGGCCCUCUGAAAUUGCUGCUGCUGUUGCAUUCUCGGCAUUGGGAGAAAUCCAGACUGUGGGAAUCAAAAACACUUUAUCUUGUUGCAUCCAUGUAGAUAAGGAGAGAGUGUUAAGAUGUAAUGAAGUGAUCCAGCGGAUGACAUUGAUGGAGAAGGAGAGUAGUCAAAGUGUCAGUCUGUCAGUUUCCUCUGUACCACACAGCCCAAUUGGGGUCUUGGAUGCUGCAUCACUGAGCUAUAAAAGAGAUGAUAUAACAGUCGGGUCAGAUGCAAAUUCUAAUGAGUCCACUCCAGCUGCCAAGAAGAGGAAACUCAGCAGACCAUCAGUCUCAUGAGAGGAGAGCUUUCUUUGUUGCAUUCACUUGUUUGGGAGACUUGGGAUCUUUCAAGUCAUUUUGGUCUGGUUAGUAUCGGAUUUUGGUUUGGUCUAGUAAGUUCCAAGACGUGGAUGAGUGAAAAUUGAAAUGGAUGAGGAAAAAAGAGAAUAAUUAGAACUGAGGGAGUCAUCAGCUCAUGCUUUUAAUAUGGAUGAAGCAGUCACCAGCUGUAAACUUAUAAAGGUUAAUAGAGAACUGUAAGGAAAAAUAUGAGAGAGAGAGAGAGAUUACAGUUGAGCAUUUUAGGGAGAACAUAGGGGAUGGCAGAGAUAAAUUAAGAAUACCUAGUGUCCUUUGGAUUUGCUUUUAUUGUGAAAAAUUUAUAAAACUUUCCUAUUUGUGAUCUGGAAAGGACCAUCUAUGAGAAAGGUGAGGGAAGAAGAAAAGGCAGUGGCUUUUCAGUGUAAUAGCCAUUUAUUACUGAUAUAUUAUUUAUCUGAUGACUUUCUUUUAUGUGUA